AUUCCGAAUUUUUCUACUUAAUUGAAUUUGUGAAUGAGAUAUAAUACCGUCUUAACAGCUAUAAUAUGUUAAAGUAUUAUUUAAGUCAUAUAAAUACAAUAAUAAUAGUUUGCUAAUAAAAAUGACAGUCAUAGGGACUGAACUAGAACAUAUAGUGAAUGGGUGGUAAAUUUGAGUUGCGGGGAGACAGAUUUUUUACUUUAACCGAAAAUACCAGUUAAAACCAAUCACUAUUUUGUUGUAUAAAUAAACAAAGGCGGAAAAUUGUAGAAAAUUCUCAAAAUAUUCAAAACUUGUAGUGAGCAUAUGUAAGCAGCACCAGUGCAAUCUAUAAACGGUGUGGGAGUAGACGUGUGGUAAUUAAUGUUUACAUAUACAUAAGUUAAAAUGUAAAUAUACAAUAACGGUAUAUGCUGCAUGGGCAAAAUCACAACAACAAACGAUUACGACGGCCAAGGGCAGGAGGUAAACGACGAGAGUGUAAAGUAUUUAUUUUUAAUUUACCUCACCAAUACGUUCAACAUUUUCAAAUAAUUGUUUGCUGCUUUAACUAUUAGAGGCAAUAGACAACAGCUUUUUGGCGGUCGGCGACAAAAUAUUUGAGCACGACAACCACGAGAUAGGCAACCUACAGCGAUAACUAAGGCGCAUAGUAAAGCAGCACACCUAAGCAUGCACUUGUGUCCUUCAUUGUUGUGUCGGGAAUUUGCAAGUUGAAUUCGAGAUAUAACACGUGCCGCAUUCAACACAAUGAAAAAGUGUACGCUAUAAAAAUAUUUAUGAAAAAUAUACAACUUUGGAAUAAAUUCUUUAGAGCCUAAUACGAAAGCCUCUCAACGAAAAUGCUCUCCAUUCAGCAAGUGAUCAAAGCUCUCCGAAAGCUACAAAACAGUAGGGCUAACAACAUCGGCGGUGAGUUAAUAAAACAAAACUUCAAUCGAAUUGUGGCUGAAUCGUCAGUAGCCACUACUACAUCUGAAAAUGUAGUGGAAGCGAUACCAGCGUUUGUGGGCGCAAUUUCUCCACCCAAUGAAAAUGCAUUUCUGUUGGCACCGACGACUGUGACGUCACCACAAUCGUUAACCGAUGAGAUGAUAUCACCACAACAACAACAUUUACAACCCCACCAAAUUGAGAAUAAGCAACAGCUGUUCCUCGCAACUAAUUCUAGUCAUCGACAACAAACAUAUCAGCCACUGCGGCAUUCACAAGCAUACGAAGUUAAAUGUGGAACUGGUCUACAACGUACUGUCAGUGUCGAUUUGCCAGCGAUUGAAAACGGUGGUGUCAGAGCUGGUGCGGGAGACCAAAUUGACGUAAAUUCAUAUAAGAAUACAACAACAAAUGCGAAUGCUUCAAAUUAUAGAAAAGCAAUUGUGUCCGGAACUAUAACACGCUCUCAACAGAUACAGAAGUUCUAUCAGCAGCAUCUGCAACACUUCCAUACACAAAACAAUCAAAAUUUUGAAAAUAAGCAAACACAAUAUAACGCAAUGUCAUCACUAGCUGCUGAACCUAAAACUUUGAAGCAGGAUGAACAAACUGCGGCUGCCACAAAUGGCCAACAUACGCCAGAGGACGGAAACACCACCAGUAAUGGUAGCAGUUGUAAUGGCAAUGAACAGAAAAAUUCUUCUGGUAAGCCAUGCUUUAACGCCGGGCUGGGCCAAAUACUACAGUUUAUGGAGUUAAUUGGCAAUUUAAAGCAUACGAAGCGUACGGGAUGGGUGCUGCGCAACGUCAGUGACCCCGAAUCUAUAUCAGGUCAUAUGUAUCGCAUGAGUAUGAUGACUUUUCUACUGGACGGUAGCGAGGGUCUUAAUCAGAUACGCUGCAUGGAAUUGGCAUUAGUGCACGAUCUGGCCGAGAGUGUAGUUGGCGAUCUAACGCCUUUCUGUGGUGUCUCCAAAGCAGACAAACGCGCAAUGGAAUUCAAGGCAAUGGAAGACAUUUGCAAGUUAAUAGAACCGCGCGGCAAGCGUAUCAUGGAACUUUUUGAGGAAUACGAAGCUGGCGAAAGCGCUGAAUCGAAAUUCGUCAAAGACCUCGAUCGACUCGACAUGAUUAUGCAGGCAUUUGAAUAUGAGAAACGUGAUAAUUGUCUGUUGAAACAUCAGGAAUUCUUCGAUUCUACAGAGGGUAAAUUCAAUCAUCCAUUCAUCAAGAAACUGGUUGAUGAAAUCUACGACCAGCGACAGAAUUUGGCGCGCGCCGAAGGUGCUACGCCACCACCGCCUGUGCAUGUGCCUGACAUUGAGGCAUUGCCCAGCACUAAUGGUCUAGAGAAGAGCGCGGAUGCCGCGCCAGCGGCUGAGGAACCAGCCGUGGAAACGCCAAAGAACCAAACCAGCACCACUAGUUGAUUGCGCAGCAGCACGCAAGGCUUGCAAAAGUCGUAAAAAAAAUAGCAGCACUGGCAAAAUAUAUAUGCCACAGCAACUGUCAUUCACGGAUUUGUUUGACAAGUUUUUAAAUAAUAUUCUCUCGGUUAAGUUAAAUAAAAUAAUAAUCGCGGUAGUUAGUACUUUAUUCUGUGCAUAGUAGAUUUUCGUUUUUCUUUUGCUUUAAGCCAACAAUCAAAAGAAAACUAACUGUAUUGAACAAAUUUUAUUUAAUUUAUCACUCGUCUUAGUGCACAUGGUAUUUAAAAGUGUCAUUUUCAAUAGUCUAAGUUAAACUAAAAUAUAAUUUAAUAAUCAUUAUAUUACCUGCACGCUACAGCAUAAGGUUGUAAAGCCAGGAUUUUAACGAUGUUUUUAAUUGUUAUUGUAAUACAAAAUCAGUGAAACUAUAUUCAUAAACAUUAUAAGUAUCUCAUUGUUCCAUGCUGCAUUAUAAUUUAUUGUAAUAGCAAAUUUAAUGCAAAUUUAAUCGGCGUUGUAGACACGUAUGCAAUUUAAUUUGUACAAAACUAACAACAAAGAACACUAAAGCACUGAAUUUUGUUGUAACAGCAUAAAACAACCAACAUACUGCUGCUUCAGUGACAGUUCUUCGUAGAAUAUAACAAAUACCGGUGUGGUAGAUUCGACUGUGGUAGGUAUGAUUCAAUAUGUGGUAGACGUUAAAAGAGCAUCAUUAGUUUAAAAGUCUGUCCUUUGCUACCACGACAAUCAUUACCACGUGCAGUAACAGUUAAAUAAGACUGAAGAAAUUAAACGGAUUGCAAAUUUAUGCGCGCUAACAUUAAAAUUGUAUUGAAUACAAGUGUCACAUGCCAUGAGAAACUCAUUGAAAAAACUACAGCAUAUGUAUAAGGUCAGUUUCUUAAUUUAGGUUUAUCUACUCUUUUAAUAACUACUGUUAUCAUUGUAAUACGCAUACGCAUUGUGAUAAUUCUCAUACUUUUAUUUCAUUUGCAAUUGCACCAACGAUUACCUUUGAAUAAUAUUGUUUAUUUACAAUAGGUGAGAUACUUAACAGUGAAUCUGCUUUAUUUUUUAAUGAAGAAUAUUAUUUAUUAACAACAAGUUUUUAAACAAAAGGCUAAAAGUUAAAAUACUUUCCCAUUUUAUAAAUAAACUGCACAUAAAAAGAGUAUUUAAAUCAAAAAACAAAAUGACCAACGGCAUUAUCUAAAUAUAAUUCCUUUAUAUUAAUAAUUUUCUCGCAGAAAACAUAAACAAGUUAUCAUCCAGCUACUUCAUUUCUAUUUAAACAACUUAGAAUUAAGCUUUUAGCUUAAUUUUAAGGCACUUAACACAUGUACUAUGUAUUUAAUAGAAAAUAAAAUGCGUUAGAGGCAAACACAUUAGUUACUUGUAAACAAAGUUAAUACAUACAGACGCAUUCGCAUAUGGUAUAAAAGUUUUUCCUGUAAUGAAAAUGACUUAUGUUGUGUUGAAUGAUAACAAAUGUACAUUGUUUCUUGACAAUUAGCGAAGAUAUUCAAAAACCAAAUAUUUAAUUAAAAUUUUAACUUACAAAUUAGUUUUGUUAUAAUAGUUAAAACAAGUUUCUAAUAUAGAAAGUCCGCUUAGUGUGUAUCUAAUUUAAAAGCUUUGAUUUACCAGUUGUAAAGAUAUAUUUGUAAUUAAUUGAAAAACCAAAAAAAAAAAAUCUAAAUUCGAAACAAACGAA